CCACUUUGCACCCCACAUGCGAUCCCGCUGGUGAUGACUCAGUUUCGACGUCGCCGUCUGCACUCUGCAUGCCAUCGAUGUGAGCAUGGCUGCUGUCGAUACACUGCUCGCUUUCUUCCUAUAUAAAGCCAGGGCACACACCCUCCCCGUCCCUUCACAUCACUUCCUCAUCGACUUCCCAAAGGACUACCAUCCCACCUCGUAUUUCCGUCACUAUCUCAACCAUCAAAAUGCCGUCUUCUGAACUUAAGCUCUCUUACUUUGGCGUCUCUGGCCGUGGCGAAGCUGCGCGCCUCGCGCUAGCGAUCGGCGACGUGGAGUUUGAGAACGACACAUUCGGGUUUGGCGAGUGGGCUGCGCGCAAGCCGAACACGCCGUACGGCUCUGUGCCGGUGUUCUACGUGGACGGGAUGGUGCACGCGCAAUCGAACGCGAUCCUGCGGUACUGCGGGCGCGUGGCCGGGCUGUACCCCGGGUGCGUCAAGCACGCGCUCAAGGUGGACGAGUUGAUGGACACGACGUCGGACGUGAUCACGAUCUCCGGACGCGGGUCUGGCGAGGGUGAGGAGAAGCUCCGCGCCGAAAGGAAGAAGUUUGUGGACGUGGAGAUCCCCAGGUACUGCGGCGGCAUCGAGAAGAGGCUCGAGCAGUUCGGAGACGGCCCGUACGCCGUCACGGAGAACCUGACGGUCGCUGAUCUUGCCAUCUACGCUAUGUACCUCAUGCUCACCAGCGGGUACUUGGAUCACGUCCCCAAGGAUGUGCUUGACAAGUACACGAGGUUGACCAAGGUGUGUAACACGGUCAAGGAGCACCCGAAGGUGGUCGAGUGGUACAAGAAGCAGGCUGAAGCCCAGAACUAAUGCGACUAACAACACGUGCUGUGCCCGGUCGGGGAUGGCGCUGUGGUUUAGAUGGUGCAGCGCGAAGGUGAAUUGUAAUCGCUCUGUAAACGUGAUAGCUCAAUAGGCUUAAUUAAAGUACUUGGGCCGUUUUUCGGUCAUCGUUACGUGGAUGAA